CAAACUUCCGUUUUAGUUCCGCUGUUUCCUUUCCUUGUUAAUGUAACAGUUUCAUGCUAGUCAGAGAAAUGUGCGGUUCUGGGAUACCGUUACCGCGGAAUUUUAAAUAUCUGUAACUACCAACUCGUAGCGACGACUGCAGAAUAAACACAAAUUCUUUUAUUUGUGCUUUAAAACACAGCAUAGUAACUCCAGCGUUAGUUUUUCAACAGUUACGGAGCGGUGCAUGGCGUCGUCACAACCGACACAGGACGAGCUGUCUUCUGUCCCCAACUAAACAUUAGCACGGCGACCCUCCCAGGACCAUAAAAAUGCCAUCGAGAAAUCAUCUUGACAAAAUCGGAAGGAAGAAGAAGAAGAAAUGGACAGAGGAGGCCAUGGAGCGUGCACUGAUUGAGGUGAAGUCAGGAAGAUGUACGGUGAGACAGGCUGCCAAGGAGUUUGGAGUCCCUAAGUCUUCACUGGGGGACAGAGUAAGUGGACGGGUGGCACCAGGGAGUCGUAGCGGGCCUGCUCAGCUCAUAACAUCUGCUGACGAGGACCUAUUGGUGGAGUUCUCUUUAUACAUGUCCAAGCAUGGAUUUCCACUGACCAAGCAACAGCUGGUGUCCUUUGCCUCAUCCAUUUAUAAGCGACAGCAUCGGAGGGUGGCAUUUUCAAAAUUAGGCCAGACCUGGUGGCUCAAUUUUAGAAAACGGCAAGAAAAGAAUAUUACCAUUCAGCCAGCGGACAAUGUUGUCCGUGGGAGGACGGUGUGUGUGAGAAAGGAAGCAGUGGAUCAGUUUUUUCAUUUAUUGAGCACUGUCAUGGAUGCUCAUGGGCUCAGGGACAAGCCUAACCAAAUCUUCAACUGCAAUGAGAUGGGCUUUCAGCUGGGCAGGAAGAGGGCAAUUCUCCCCAAAUCUCCCAGUCUGGGCUACAAGCCAGCACCAGGCCUGAGGGACCAUAUCUCUGUUCUGGCUUGCUUUAGUGCAGCUGCAGAGGACAUUCCCCCAUUUAUUAUCUACUCAAAGGCCUAUCCAGGAGGAGUGUGUUACAAGACACAAGGGCCUCCAAAUGCCCUCUAUGGAUGGUCAGACUCAGGGUGCAUGAACUCUGACCUUUUCAAGAAAUGGUUCCUCAAACACUUCCUCCUGCAUGCCCCAAAGGAACGUCCACUGCUGCUGAUUUUUGAUGGCCACAAAGCUCCUGUGAACCUUGAGGUGGUGGAAACGGCUCGUAAAGAGGAUGUCACCCUUCUGUGCCUUCCACCUCAUUGCUCUCAUGUCUUGCAGCCACUCGACGCAGGGCUGUUUGUCCUUCUGAAGCAGCGUUUCGUAGCACUCGUAGGUGACGGCUGUGCCACUGACACUCACUUUGCAGUGAGCAAGAAGGAGUUCUCAGGAGUAUUUAAAGGGACGUAUGAGGUAGUGAAGGAGGAGGUGGGUGUCAGGACUGUGAAGGAAGGCUUUAGGAAGUGUGGCAUGUACCCAUUGAACCACUUUGCCAUCAGUGAGGGUCAUUUAAUGCCAUCGCAUGGGAUGGGCCCAACAGCUGGACCUACCUUGUCCACAUCAGGACAGGGGGUGCAUACGUUAGAAGACCUCACAGCUGCUGCUGGACCCUCGUCCUAAUUCAUUUCAGCCCAGUUUGCUGGCAGAACCUUUUUGAGGAAUAAAACUGCAAAUUUUAACAAACCCUGAAUGAACACUCCUGCUAGAGUAUCGAGUACCACCUCCUCUGGCCUCCCUGCAGCGUUCUCUGUUGUUAGUUUGUCAGAAGAAAGGGGUUUGUUGAUAUUAAUUACUAGUCAGUGUUUUUGCUCAGAUUUAGUAGUUUGUGAAAAUGUUUGAAUGCUGCAAAACAGACUCAGCAGCCUGGGGGUCUGAAUGGAGUUAAAAGAUUUUUUUAAAGGAAUAAGAAAGAAAAAUGUAUGUUUCUUUUUUCUGUAUUCUCUAAAAUUUCUUUAUUUAUUGCAUUUUUCUUUUGAAAUAUUUGAUAGUUUCAUCUCCUCACACACCUCUUAAAGGUAUUUAUGUUCAUGAACUGUUCGCAAGCCAUGCCCUCAUUAAGGCCGUAACCUGUGAGGGGAGAUCAGAGGGAUCGAGGCUCACAAGCCAAAAAAUGAGAACUACUGCUGUACCACAAAUUAACUUAAUGUCUGUUGUUUUUUCCUGUGUGUAAUUGGUGGGCAGACAGCUAUAAGCUAACUAACAUCAAGCAGUAUGAGUACAAAUAAAGUUGUGCUCGUUUUCUAUUUCAGUUCAUCUUUGACAUUAAGUGGAGAGCAGUGUACACAGUGUGCACUGUGGGGUACAUUUCUAAUUCUGUUCUGGACUGAACACACAUUAUCUUACAGCAUUCAUUAAUAGCUUCACCUCAUUACUGUUAACAUGCUUAUGAGGGCAGAUUAAAAAUUUUAGAACUAGCGUCUUGUGAAAAUACAGUAAGCUAUUGAGGUGUGGCAAGAUUUACUAUGUUCCAUUAUCCAUGCAGAAGAUUUUUUAAAAAGAUCUACCCAUAAAACCUCUUAUUAAAUAUGUUCUUUGUUGUGUUCAAGUUGUGUUAACUGAUGUUGUGAUAACAUGUCUUUGAAACCACUUACUUGAGUUGUGAAUCUCUUCCUCCUUUGCUUAAGUACUGUAAAUGCACUUGACCCAUUAAGUAGUUAUAAAAGGAAUAUAUUGUCUGAAACAGGACUGCUGACAGUGGGGCACAGGGGCCAAAGUUGGCCCUAAGGUUCAGUUUGGCCACCAGAUGAUAAUUUAAAUUGAAUUCUUUUUUUCUUGAGGUGAAAAUUGUGUUUAAAUGCACAGGAUCACAGCAGGCUGAGUGACACACAUCAGUCAGUAAAGGGACAUUGAGAUCUGAAGACCAUUUUGUAUCUGAACAAUACAAGAGGUGUUUGCUUUUGGCCUGUGGCCCACCAUUAGGCUUCAGUUUUGGCACUCCAAGGGAGAAAAUUGGGAAAAUCUGUGAGGGGUGAUCAGAAGGGAAAAAAAUUGGACAUCCCUGGUCUACUUAGGAAAGUUGAGUCCUUUUUCAAUUCAGGAGCGGUGAGUUUAUACAGAAAUAUGUACGAAUGUGUAAUCGUUUUUUAAAAAAAUGUUUUCGUGGCCAAAUGUUAUCUGUAAGUUCAGUUAUUUAGUACAUGCAUGUGUGUGUAUCACGCCAUGCACAUAUUCAGGUCAGGUGAUGUAAUAUCAAAGCAAUUGGUACAGCUGGCAACAAGACUAAGGCAGGUAACAUUACUGCAUGUAUGAAUCAUAAUUACAGUGUAAAUAGUUUACAUGUUUGAACAAAAUAGGUAACUUAAAACAUGGUUUCAUUUGCAAUUAAUGAAUACUACUUUGCUUAAAAUGAUCAGGAUUAUCUAUGCUCAGCAAAACAAGUUAACGCACAUCAUUGAUACAUAUUUUUAUAAUGUUCCUCACUAAAAGGACUCUUUUGGUAUUGAAGAGUAAAUAUGCAGAUAUUAAAGCAGUUGUACCUGGAGGGGGAAUACUCCAGUAAGAACUGUCUUCAGAUUAAUGUAACCAGCUAAAGCACAGGUCAGCCUGCGGUAUAUUGUAAGUCUUUAUGGCUGCAGCAGAGCUGCCCAGGGCUAAGUUCAUGUUUAUGUAUGUUAAUAUCACAGAUGGUGAUUAGUGCCUGAAGCUUUUUUUUUUUUCAGUUUUUAUUCAGCCACCCAACAGAGUCAAAGGAAAAAAUCUGUUUUACUAGCAGAACUGCCACCACUUUGCUCCUCAUAAAAAUAAAAAUAAAAUGGGUCCUAGCAACACAUUUUAGAAACACUGAAGAUGUUUCAGACUGGGGUUUAAUAUUUGAAUGUCACAUGGUUUCAGUUUGUUUCUCUUUGCUGCAUUUUUCUACCCAAAAGUUGGCUAUAUUGAUCAUUAAAUCUAUUAAGGAAAUGGCAAAUUCAAAUAGCUCCUACUUCAUCUGUUAAAAUGACAUCUGCCAAAUAUUACUUCACUGGAUCUCGUCACUGCAAUCGCUAUGAAGCAGUUAUGUUGUAAAUGUAUCCCAUGUAUGGUGACAUCUUCUGGUCAAACGCUUGACACUGCAUUUGUGGUGAUUAAAUUCAACGCCAUGAUCAGUUCCGAAAACAAAUUUUGUUCAAUAAAACU